AUGGAUAUUGAACGGGAUAUCAAUGUCACGACACCAAGCCAACCCGACGAAAUAGAAAUGGAAACAGACGACAUCGCAGGUGUGGCUGAAUGCAACACGGGAGGGUAUAUACAGCCGGUCGGUCCCUCACCGUUAAGACAACCCUCAUGUCGCAGAAAACAAGCGCCAAGGAGUCUGUUCCCACGAAUACGCAAAAAAUCGCACGGAUUCUCGGACGCAUCCAAAGAUGACCACGUUACUUCAUCCCGUGGUCACGGUGGGAUGGGGGGCAUUGGAGCGGGCGUUAAACACAUCGAUGUUAUUGUUGACUUCUUUCUUUCUUUCUUUCUUUCUUUCUUUUCUUUCUUUCUUUCUUUCUUUCUUUCUUUCUUUCUUUCUUUCUUUCUUUCUUUUCUUUCUUUUUUCUUUCUUUCUUUCUUUUCUUUCCUUUCUUUCUUUCUUUCUUUCUUUUCUUUCUUUCUUUCUUUCUUUCUUUCUCAUUGA